AUGUUAAAUAAAGAAUAUCAUAAAACUUCUCAAAUAGUGAUGCAGAUACUAGGAUUAUGGCCUUAUCAAAAUAAAGCUAAGAAAAUGUUUAUUCAAUGGAUCUUAACCCCUUAUGUAAGUAAAUACAUCGAGUACUUCAUGUUUCGAUGUAUCAGUUUCAUCGGACAACAAAUUAUUGAUACUAGUGAACAAAUAUUCAAUUCAAGUUACUUUUGCGAAUGGUUUAUUCUAACAAAUAAGGAAAAAAUAUUUUUAAAAUUAAUCAUGAUUCGCUCGAUACAUCCAUGUACAGUAAAAAUUAUCAAAGUAUCUCCACUUUCGUUUAAAACAUUUGGAAAAUAUUAA